CACAGCUGCACCCUGAGCUGCAGCCUGAUUAACUGCAUCCCUGGCUUGUCUGACUUACACAGCACACGUCAUUCCUAUAGGAUAUAACAUAACCAUCUGCCAAACAUCAGAAACGAUCACAUCACGCGCAAACACAUGCGCGGUUAUACCGUUUAAACAAUAAAACCAGGAAAUAAUGUCUUUGUCUCUGGAUAUGUGAUAACUUGAGAACAUGAGCGUGCAGCUAUAGUGUACAUUAUCUCGAAGCCAGUGGAUUACAGGCGACACAACGAUGUAUAUGCGGUUCCCGUGCUUGUAAAACGACAGAAGAACACGCAUUUUGAACAGACUGUCGUCACGAACACAUAUUACACAGCGUUUGCUUACAUCACAGAUUAGUUAAAAUGCUGCGUGUUCCGCUCAAGUGGCAAUACGGGUCUUACUGGGUGUGUAAUGCACAGCCCAGCAUAAUAUGAAUUAUUUAUCGAUAGCGCAAAAAAAAAAAAAAAACUAGAGAGAGAGAGAGAGACGGCUAUCCCACCACUGCCACAUUCUUACAGCUUCACUGUAACGGAUCCGGUCCGCUGCAUGCAGCCGGUACCAACAUGAGUCUUUACACGAGUGCCUUUCAAUCACAGAUCGGCGAAGCCCGUAUUCGUGAACUCCAGAAGCACGCACGCUGUUUAGUGGACGGACUACGUCAGGGUGAAAACAUGGCGAAUGCACCCCCAAUGGAUGCCACCACUCCCCUGACAGGACCCAUGCCUCCUUCAUACGAAGACACGAUGAAGGGGCCCUAUCCCCAGUACCCUCCCAACCCAGGGUACCCUCCCCAGGGACCGGAGAUGAGAAAGAUCAACCAGCCACCAUACCCGGUACAGCCACCACACCCAGGGUACCCUCCCCAGGGACCGGAGAUGGGAGAAUUCAACCAGCCACCAUACCCAGUACAGCCAAUGCACCCCGCCAUAACUAACCAAGUGGUGUCGAUGCAGACAAUCAUGGUGCAGCCCAGCGUCAUGUUCAUCGACCAGCCUGUCCAGAUGAACUGCCCAGCCUGCCAGCAGCUCAUUGUGACCCGGCUGGAGUAUACGUCCGGGACCCUCACCUGGCUGCUGUGCGGAGGAAUUGCCAUCAUGGGGUGCCUCUACGGUUGCUGCCUGAUCCCAUUCUGCAUCGAUGGUGUGAAAGACUUGAAACACUGGUGUCCGAAUUGCAACCGAGUCAUUGGUCACCACAAGCGCCUGUAGCAGACCAGAGAUUACUCAUCACUCCCUUUUCAAGAGCUCAAGUUGUCAGGGCAGGAGAAGGAGGGGAAGGGAGCGAGGCAAAUGAAUCUAAAAAUUAUGACAUACCCAAUUUCCUUACUUAGCGAGGGAACCGAGACAGAAAUGACCUCACAGAUUUUAACUGGGCUCUGCUGUUUAUAGGAUGCUGUUAAAAAAAUCUGGAGUCAGUUUCUCAGCAAUCAGAAUUCCAAUAGAUUGUACCCUGAUGCAUGCAUAUAUCUCACAUCUACUUGCUAAACUAAAUAAGCAAACAAACUCUUCAAUUAUUACUGGGGUGUUUUGUGUUGAGUUUCUUCAUUGGCUUUUUGGGUUUUGUUUUCUAAGACCAUUUAAAUAAAGUAUGUGCAAUUAUUUGAAUGGGCUUUAGGAAACAGAAGUCCAAUGUUAGCAUGUUAUCCUAUCCUAUAGAGACUUGUGCUCCUGCAUUCCCAAUGAAACUGACUCCUAUGUAGUUGGGGUUGCUCCAGUGUUGUGGGUCUGCUGUGGGAUACUUGCAUUACUGUAGUGUAGUGUGCUAUACUGUACUACUGCAGCCCAGGGGCUGUAUGCACAUAUUCCAAACACAGAACCAACGUCAACCACAAACACGUUUUCAUCACACUUCUCUUAAAUAUUAUUAUUAUUAUUUUUUUUUACCUACCAAGUGCCUUUUUCACAACUUUUUUUUUUUAUUUCUUGGUUGUAAAGUAUCAAUAUAUUUCUUUUAUAAGAUAACAUUUUGCACAAUAUUAUUUUACGUAACGUAAAUCUAUAGUUUAUUCUUGUAUCUGUAUCUCGUUCCAUGUUACCUUUAAAGCUCUGUUUUCUAUAAAAAUUGUUGGUGUUCAAAAUGCACAAUCCUUUUUCUGCCAAACCAAAACAUGAGUUUGUGGCCUUCAUUCAGUCAUUCAUUGUGUUCUUCUGUAUCGAGUAAGAAAUAAAACAAAG